CCAGGCGCUGGCCUGGCAGCUGCCCUGCCACUGAACAUUACCAUGAACCACUUCCAGGCCAUCCUGACUCAGGUCCAGAUGCUGCUCUCUUGCCAUGGGCAGAAGCAGGUGCGGGCUCUCCUGGACCACCUGCUGGAGGAAGAGCUUCUCUCCAGGGAGUACCACUGUGCCCUGCUCCAUGAGCCUGAUGGUGAAGCGCUGGCCAGGAAGAUCUCCUUGACUCUACUUGAGAAAAGAGACCUGGACGUGGCCCUCUUGGGAUGGGCCCAGAGUGGGUGGCAGGCUCCAGCAGCAGAGAGGAGCCCUGAGCUCAAGGAUCAUGCUGGUGGUGGAUCGUGUGCCACCAUGGAGUUGGGGUCUCUGGAAGGGAGGUACCUGGAACUUCUCAACAGUGAUGCUGAUCCCUUGCACCUGUACCACUUCUACGACCAGAUCAGCCUGGCUGCAGAAGAAGAGAUUGAGCUUUGCUCAGAACCCUACACAGACACCAUCAACUGUGACCAGUUCAGCAGGUUGCUGUGUGACAUUGAAGGUGAUGAAGAGACCAGGGAGGCUUAUGCCAACAUCGCGGAACUGGACCAGUAUGUGUUCCAGGACUCCCAGCUGGAGGGCCUGAGCAAAGAUAUUUUCAUAGAACACAUAGGAUCAGACGACAUGAUUGGUGAGAACGCGGAGGUGCCAGUGGAAGCGGUGCAGGAGAGUCAGAAGAGACCCUUCCCAGAGGAGUGUCCUGUGGACCUGAAGCAGCGGAAGCUAGCUGAACCUCCUACGGUGCCUGGGGUGACAGGCAGUUUCCUGGUGGGGCCAAUAACGGAUGCCUCAGCCCAGCCCUGUCUACCGCCACCUGCCCCGCUCAGCCAGGAGCCCGCAUCCAGCCAUGCCUGCCGGGAGGAAACCAUCCAGACACCUGCAUCCCCCUCCUUGAGCUGCACGAACCUCGCUGCUGGACCCAUCCAAUUCAUCCCCACUCUCUCCACUCCACCCCAGUGGCUCUGGCAAAUCCCAGGGGCUGGGAAUGGCAUCUCCAGUGUAUUCAUCUGUCAUGGCAAGCUGCCCCAGGCCAGCCAGGCACCGCCUCCCAGCAGCCCCGCUGUCCACAGCCUCCCGAAGUCCCCAGACCGACCUGGCUCCACCAGCCCGUUCGCUCCAUCUUCGGCGGACCUGCCCAGCAUGCCUGAGCCAGCCCUGACCUCCCGUGCAGACAUAAUAGAAGACGGUAUGCAUCCGACCGAAUCCCAGGAACCUCGGGAGGUCUCCAGCAAGCUUCCAAAGUGGCCUGAGCCAGUGAGGCAGCUCUGGCACUCACUGCAGGACAAGUUCCAGGCUGAGCCUGAAGGCCCAGAUGGCAUCCAGAUGGAGGUGGCUCUGGUGAGGGCACAGCUGGAGAGGAAUGGCACCAAGAGCCAGGACAGGGAACUGGCCACGCUGGACUGGGCUGAGAGGCAGCUGGCCCACGGGGGUCCGGCUGAGGUGCUUCUGGCUGCUGGCAAACACCGGCGGCCACGAGAGACACGCAUCAUCGCCGUGCUGGGUAGGGCCGGACAGGGGAAGAGCCACUGGGCCUGGGCCGUGGGUCGGGCCUGGGCCCGCAGCCAGCUCCCACAGUUCGACUUUGUCUUCCAUAUCCCCUGCCACUGCUUGGACCGCCCCGGGGACACCUACCGCCUACGCGACCUGCUUCUGUCUCCAGAGUCGUCAUCGCUGGCAGUGGAUGACGAGGUCUUCAGCCAUGUACUGAGGAGGCCUGAGCGUGUUCUGCUCAUCCUGGAUGCCUUCGAGGAGCUUGAAGCCCAGGAGGGCUUUCUGCCCAGCGUGGGUGGCCUUGGGGCCUCAGAGCCCUGUUCCCUCCGGGGGCUGUUGGCUGGUCUCUUGCAGCGCAAGCUGCUGCCAGGCUGCACCUUGCUCCUCAUGGCCCGGCUGCGGGGCCGCUUGGGCCAGAGCCUGAGCAAGGCCGACGCCCUGUUUGAGCUGGCUGGUUUCUCAGCUGAGCAGGCCCAGGCCUAUGUGGCAUGCUACUUUGAGCGUUCCGGAGCCCCUGAGCAGCGAGAGCAAGCCCUGACACUCCUGCGGGACCGGCCGUUCCUGCUCAGUCACUGCCACAGCCCAACCCUGUGCCGGGUGGCCUGCCAGCUGGCGCAGGCCUCUCUGGAGCGGGGAGACAGGGCCCCGCUGCCCUCCACACUCACGGGACUCUACGUGGAGCUGCUGGGCCCUGCCAUCAGGGCUGGCCCCCCAGGCGCCCUGCUGGGACUGGCCAGGCUGGCCUGGGAAUCAGGCAGAAGGCACCAGAGUACACUGCAAAAGGGUCACUUCCCAUCAGAGGAGCUCAGGACGUGGGCCGUGGCCAGGGGCUUGGUGCAACCAGGCCCAGGUGCCACGGAAGCUGAGCUGGCCUUCCCCAGCUUCCUCCUGCAGUGCUUCCUGGGUGCCAUAUGGCUAGCGCUGAGCUGCGAGGUCAAGGACAAGGAGCUACCACAGUAUUUGGCGCUGACCCCGAGGAAGAAGAGGCCCUAUGACAACUGGUUGGAGGGUGUGCCGCGCUUCCUCACUGGGCUCCUCUUCCAGCCUCAUGCCCGCUGCUUGGGUGCCCUCAUGGGGUCUGAGGCAGCCACCGUGGUGGACCGGAAGCAGAAAGUGCUCACAAGAUACCUGAAGAGGCUGCAGCCAGGGACACUGAGGGCACGGCGGCUGCUGGAGCUGCUGCACUGUGCCCACGAGGCCGAGGAGGCUGGCAUCUGGCAGCAUGUGGUGCGGGAACUUCCCGCCCGCCUCUCGUUCCUGGGCACCCGGCUCACACCCCCCGACGUGCACGUGCUGGCUAGGGCCUUGGAGGCGGCUGGCCGAGACUUCUCCCUGGACCUCCGCAGUACUGGCAUUGAUCCCUGCGGGCUGGCUAGCCUUGUGGGACUCACCCAUGUCGGCAGUUUCAGGUCCAACCUGAGUGAUACAGUGGGGCUGUGGGAGUCCCUGCAGCAGCGUGGGGAGACCAAGCUACUCCAUGCAGCCGAGGAGAAAUUCACCAUUGAGCCUUUUCGAGCCAAGUCGCUGAAGGAUGUGGAAGACCUGGGCAACCUUGUGCAGACCCAGAGGAUGAGAAGCACCUCCACAGACGAAGCCGGAGACCUCCCUGCUGUCCGGGACCUGAAGAAACUGGAGUUUGCGUUAGGGCCCACCUCGGGCCCCCAAGCCUUUCCUAAACUGGUGAAGGUCCUCACAGCCUUUUCCUCGCUUCAGCAUCUGGACCUGGAUUCUCUGAGUGAGAACAAGAUCGGGGAUGAAGGUGUGUCACAGCUCGCAGCCACCUUCCCACAGCUGAAGUCCCUCGAGACACUCAACCUGUCACAGAAUAGCAUCACUGAUGUGGGCGCCUGCAAGCUGGCCGAGGCCCUGCCCUCACUUGCUGCAUCCCUGCUCAGGCUGAGCUUGUAUAAUAAUUGCAUCUGUGACGUGGGAGCCGGGAGCCUGGCCCAAGUGCUUCCAGACAUGGUGUCCCUGCGGGUGAUGGACGUCCAGUACAACAAGUUCACAGCUGCCGGGGCCCAGCAGCUCGCCGCCAGCCUGAGGAAGUGCCCUCACGUGGAGACGCUGGCGAUGUGGACGCCUACCAUCCCUUUUGGUGUCCAGGAACACCUGCAGCAGCUGGACUCACGCAUCAGCCUGAGAUGAUCCCAGCUGUGCCCUGGACAAGCUCAUUCUCUGAAGACACUGACCACCUGCACCCGGGACUGGGGACUUGUGGACACAGCUCUUCCCAUGGGCCUUGGCAUCCUGUCCCCUCGUCAGCUGGGAGGAGUUCCCUCAUCUGUUUUCCUGGCAGAACCAGGCUUGGCUCCAAACUCCUUCAGAGCCCAGGUGGAUGCCAGCCCUGUUCAACUGUGGCAAGCCGGGCAGAUGACUAGGGGCCUGCUGGCUGCUGUGGGCCCCUCACAACACUGAAGACAGCCAUGGCCGGGUCAGGCCCUCGGCCUGGUGAGAAAGCUCAGCUAUGUAACACUGCUAGACUAGACGUCCCAACAAGGCCUGCUUGGCCCUGGGAGACAGCUUUACAACCAGGACAGGCUGGGAGACAACAGAGGCCGCCUCUGUCCAUGGCGCUCACUGUUUGCACGAACUUUGUUGACCAAGGUCAGAUCUGGGUGUGGUCAGACAUGCUGGACCUUAACUGGGACCCGGCUGGCAGUACACUAACAGAGGUGAGGGGAGAUAGACUGGGCCGCCAUGGCCUCGGGCCUUCAUUCCCUGUGUCCUUCUCCACUACAUUAUGAAGGUCUCAUUCAAUAGAUGCAGGGUUUGCAUUGCACCAUGAUUGCCAUU